AUGAAGGUUUUUGUGACGCUCUCAAAUGGACCUUGUUUAGUCAUAGUAGCAGUGCAGUGCAUCUUUAACCUUAUACCUACUAGUCAUGUGGACGGAUAUCUGACUCUGUCCCCCGAAGUUGACAUCUUGAUAACCUUGCCAAGGCUCACCUUUCGGCACGGGAGGCGUAACUGCCCCUCAUAUUUCCAGGCCAUAAUCGCCCUUAUCCCCCCUUGGUUUAGGGCACGUUUGGCAGGUGGGUUCCCGCUGAGCCGUGGGUCCCCUAGGCGUAAGGGCCGCGCUAAUGUCCUGAGUGCAGCCCCCGGCCCCUUAGCCCCCGGCCCCUCAUCCCUCGUUUCCCUAGCCCCGAUCCCUCAGCCCCGUGUUCCAUCUGCCCCCAAUUCCUCAGCCCUCAGUUCUCAGUCUCUCAUUUCUCGGUUCCUUAGCCCCCAUUCCCUCACUGCCAGUCCCUUAGACCGCAUUCCCUCAGCUCCCAGUCCCUCAUACCCUACUCCCUCAGCCCCCAUCCCUACUCCCUCAGACCCCACUCACUCAGCCCCACUAACUCAGCCCCCAUUCUCUCAGCCCCCACUCCCUAAGCCCCCACUCCCUCUGCCCCCACUCCCUCAUCCCCUACUCCCUUCAGCCCCUCCCUCACACUCCUCAACCCCACUCAUCAGCCCCCAGUCCCUCAACCCCACUCACUCAGCCCCCAGUCCCUCAGCCCCCACUCCCUCAGCCCCCAACUCCCUCAACCCCCACUACACUCAGCCCAUUACAUCAGCCCAGUCCUCAGCCGUCCUCAGCCCCAGUCCUCACCACUUCUCAGCCCAGUCCCUCAGCCCCCAGUCCCUCAGCCCUCGGGUCUUCUGCCAGAGAGCCUCAUCUUCGUUAUGA